GGUAAGCACGAUAAAAAUAAGCCAUACCCAAUUGUCGCUUAUAUAUUUUCCUUGCGUUAUAUGUUUUGCGAAUUUUUCGAAAAUUUAUUUCUCGCUCGUUGACGCUUAUCUCGCAUCAAGUCGCUCGAUUGUUCAGCCGCGAGUGAUUGUUAAAUAAUUCAAGCAUCGACAAUCAUAACCUAUAUGGUGGAACAACAAACAUGUCGGCGUUAUUUUAAAACUACGCUGCUGCGUUUCGUCUAUUGAGAUAACAAUUCGCAAUUAAGAUUCGCUCUACUCUCCGUUAAGCUGAGCAACUAUGUUCAAGAUUUUCUUAAACACCUGAAACAUGCUGGACAGCUCUGAGGUUAAAAGUAUCUAAAGGAUCAAGCUUCUUAUGCAAAGUUUAUUGCGAAAAUUUCUUAUGCAAGUUAGCGAAAUCAUUUCUUGACUAAUUACCUCAACAAUCACCUCUAGAAAUUAUUGCUCUGGUGCUGAUUAAAGUUAGACUAAAAUGAAAUGUCACUACGAAGUGCUAGAACUUCCUCGGAAUGCAUUGGAUGAUGAGAUCAAGAAGGCCUACCGUAAGUUAGCUUUAAGAUGGCAUCCAGACAAAAAUCUUGACAAUCCUGAUGAGGCCAAGGAACAAUUCCAAUUGGUACAACAAGCCUAUGAAGUACUUAGUGAUCCUCAUGAGAGGGCAUGGUAUGACAAUCACAGAGAAGCUAUUCUGAAGGGUGGUAUCGGGGAUGACUACAAAGAUGACUCUAUUGAUCUUUUCCAAUAUUUCUCCUCUACCUGCUUCAAGGGUUACGGAGAUGACGAGAAGGGAUUUUAUACCGUGUACCGCCAUGUAUUUGAGAAAUUAGCGGCGGAAGAUGCAGAGUUCAGCAAAGAGGGAGAUUCGGAUGAAGAGGUCCCUGGUUUUGGUGAUUCCAGCAGCUCCUACGAAGAUGUUGUGCACAAAUUUUAUGCUUAUUGGCAAAGUUAUACCACUAAACGUUCCUUUGCUUGGCUCGAGCCAUACAAUAUCAGAGAUGCUCCAAAUCGAUAUGCUCUUAGACAGAUGGAGAAGGAAAACAAGAAAAUCAGAGACAAGGCUAAAAAGGAAAGGAAUGAACAAGUAAGAAAUCUAGUUGCAUUUGUGCGCAAGCGUGACAAGAGAGUCCAGGCUCAUGCGAAAAAACUGGAAGAAAAAUCUAAAGAGAACAAGAGGAAAAUGGAAGAGCGUAAAAAGCAGCAGCUGUUGGAACGUCAAAAGGAGCUGAAGGAGCACAAGGAAUCUGAGUGGUCUAAAUUCUCCAACAUUCAAUCUGAACUUAAGAACAUCGAAGCUUCCUUAGCAGCAGAAUUUGGAGAAGAAUUAUCAUCAGACGAAGAGAAGGAAUCAGAUCUGGAAGAUUCAAAUGCACUGUACUGUGUAGCAUGUACUAAACUGUUCAAAACUCAAAAGGCGUUUAGCAAUCAUGAAAACUCCAAGAAGCACAAAGACAAUGUAGCAGCACUAAAGGCAUCCAUGGUUGAAGAUGACAUCGAUGGAUCUACUUCCAGCAGCGAUGAUAGCCAGGAUGGUGACUCAGAAAAAGGAGAUUGGAAAGCUACACUGCCACCAGGGACAAAACUUGCGACCGGGACAGAUAUGCCCGACUUCUUACUAAAUCCUCCUGCCAAAAGUAACGAUACAGAAGAAAAAGAUGCCAAAACCUCAGACGAGGAGAAAGACUCAGAAUCUGAAUCAAACAGCAAGAGUAGCAAAGCAUCAAAAUCUAAGAAAAAUCAAAAGAGCAGUGGUGCAGAUACUUCUAUCAGUCAAGGCUACGUUCUCGGAAAAUCAGACGACACGAACAAAGAGGACGGCUACCAAAGUGACACUCCUGACGAGGAACUGCUCUCCGACCAAGAGGACGAAGUCGUGGUCAAACCUAAGAAGCAGAAGAAGAAGAAGAAUAAGAAUGCCCGGAUGUCGAUCCUAGAGGACAGCGAUGACGACGACAAGGAGGUUGACCUGCUCAUGGGCCUGUCCAAGAAGCAGCGCAAAAAGCAACAACAACAAAAGAUCCUGAUGGACAAGCUCAGCUCGAGUAAAUCCCAGACACCGGUCAACAUCGACAAGGACAACGAUAACUCGGCAUCGCUCAGCGUCGACGGAAGCCAAGCCAAGGCCGAGGAGAGCGACGACGACUCGCCCCAGGAAACCGUCUCACCACUUCCCGGCAAGAAGAAGGGCAAGAAAGCGAAGGAGCUGAGGAAGGCUCAGAGACAGGCAGCCGGCGAGGCUCGAGAGACGAACGACAGGACGAGGAAGGCCUCGAAGAACGCGGACCUCGAAGACAAGGAUCUCGACCACACAUGCGCAGCUUGCAAGCAGGAGUUCUCGAGCAAGAACAAGCUGUUCGAUCAUCUGAAGAAAACCGGGCACUCCAUGUACAUACCCAAUGUGACGAAAGUCAAGAAGAGUGUAGAUAGGACUGCUAAGGGGAAGGGCAGGACGAAUAAGAAUAGUGAUGAUUGAAAAUUAUCCGCUCAAAAGAGACUCUAUACUGUUAAUUCUUCCAAUGAUGUAUUAUAUAACACAAAAGUCUGUGACUUAUUUACGAUACGAUAAAGCAAUAAAUAUAUGAUGUAAAAUACACACA